AGAACAAAUUAUUUUUGCUGUCAAACGCUACGAGUCAAUCAGGGUGCUUUUUUGGAUAACUUUUGUAGGUUUACAUAAAUAGCCUAAGACGUAAUUGAAUAAAAACUAUGUCCUCCCAGACGAAAAAAAGAUCAGCAUUUUAAAGCCGUUUUUUCUCCAAACAUCCUCAUAAACAAUGAGCUCAAACAGUUCCUGCAGUCACUCUCCGUCGGCGCGUUUGCCUGAUGCGCAGCGCCUCCCCAACUGGUCCCUCACUUUGACAAAUUCCUGGACGUGAGCGGGUCUGCUGGCUUCUUGCUCGUAAAGAUGAUACCUUGAAUAUUUUAGAAGUUGAAUAGCUCUUGCACACAUUCACCCCCCCACCGGUAGAAGAUCAGUCUGGAAGAACACAAUGGGACGGUGGUUAUUUUGGAGUUUUUCGCUUUUGGCUUUCGCAUUCCUGUACUCCGCUCACCCCAAGUUUGUGGCUCAAGCGGAAAUAAGUUCUCCCAGACCAAACGACAGAUUUUAUCGCCUGGAGGUAAUACCGCUGGAGGCACGUGUUACCCGAAAAUCAACGGCGGUCAAAGGCUCAAUCAAAGUCGACCACAGCGGAAAAGUUUUAAGCGCUUUUGAAACGGACGGUGCUUUGAAGCCAAUUAAUGGCAAGGAAGUGGGGAAUGAAACACAGAGUGGACUUGGAAAUGAGGCACCCAUCGGCAUCAAAACGGCACCAAACUAUCACAAACGUUUCAAAAUGCCUGGUAAAGAGUAUGGUAAGAAUUCCGAGGACAUCCAAUGGCGACCUACAGCGAAUAUACUGUUAGAAAACGCAAGAAAGAGAGUAAAAAGGAGCGUCGGCACAACAUUCAGCGAAAAUGUGGAUAGGAGUAUAAGUGGAGAAGCUCAGUCAAGAGAGAGGUUUGUGGAGACUGUCCAAGGUGUUUCUAACUCCAGAGCCGAGUUCCGGCGCACUGGGGAGGAAGCCAGAGGGUCUAACCCGAGGCAAAGCGAGCCGCACCUGGACACUUCUACUUUUGCUCUAUCGGGAGACUCUGCGCACAACCAGGCGAUGGUGCACUGGUCCGGACACAACAGCAGCGUGAUCCUGAUCUUGACUAAGCUGUAUGACUUCAACCUGGGAGCUGUUACUGAGAGCUCACUCUGGAGAUCCACUGAUUAUGGAAGCACCUACACCAAACUCAAUGACAAAGUGGGUUCAAGGACCGUUUUAAGUUACCUGUACGUCUGCCCUACCAACAAACAGAAGAUAAUGAUGCUUAGUGACCCAGAGGUAGAGAGCGCUGUUCUCAUCAGUUCAGAUGAAGGGGCAAGCUUUGAGAAGCAUCUCAUUAACUUCAAUAUCCUGAGCCUGCUCUUCCAUCCUGCACAGGAGGACUGGAUACUGGCUUACAGUCAUGACAGCAAGCUGUACAGUUCAAUGGACUUUGGGAGGAAAUGGCAGCUUGUUCACGACAACGUGAUGCCAGGCCGAUUCUACUGGGCGGUAAUGGGGCUGGACAGAGAAUCAGAUGUGGUCCACAUCGAGACGCGCAUCGCAAAAGGCCGCGCCCAGUAUGUGAAGUGCAGAGCCCAGCGAUGCACAGAUGGCAACAGACAGUACCUCUUUCCUGGACAUGUAGACACCAACUCACUGGUUGUGCAAGAUGAAUACGUUUUCACACAGGUAACCAAGUCAGGACGAGCCAGCUACUUUGUCUCCUACAUGAGAGAAUCCUUCAAGCGAAUGAAACUACCUAAGUAUUGCCUACCAAAGGACAUGCACAUUAUCAGUACAGAUGAGAAGCAGGUAUUUGCUGCAGUCCAGGAGUGGAAUCAGAACAACACUUACAGCCUGUAUAUCUCAGACUCCCCCGGGGUCUACUUUACUCUUUCAUUAGAGGAUCUGAGAACCAGCAGAGGACCCGCCGGUAACUUACUGGUUGACUUUUAUAAGGUUGAGGGGAUAAAUGGCAUUUAUCUCGCCAACAAACUUCUGGACAGUCACAUCAAGACUUUUAUCACAUACAACAAGGGACAAACAUGGGCACUGCUGCCAGCUCCCGCCACAUCAGUGGCGGGAAAUAACCUUCAUUGCAUUCUGCCAUUUUGUUCGCUGCAUCUUCAUCUGGAGAUGUCGGAGAAUCCCUACACGUCCGGACCCAUCACCAGCAAAAAGUCUGUUCCAGGAAUCAUUGUGGCUACAGGGAAUAUCGGAACAGAGCUGUCCUCCACCAACCUUGGGAUGUUUAUUACAUCUGAUGCAGGAAAUAGUUGGAGACAGAUUUUCGAUGAAGAGCACAACGUUUGGUUUCUUGACAACGGAGGGGCUAUGCUGGCAGUCUUGCAUGCAGCAACGCCUAUUCGACACUUAUGGAUCAGUCUAGACGAAGGAAAGAAAUGGGACCGUCACAGCUUCUCCUUGGCACCGCUGUAUGUGGAUGGAGUUUUAAUGGAGCCAGAAUCUGACAAUCACAUUAUCACUUUCUUUGGACACUUCAGCCAUCGGUCAGAGUGGCAGCUGAUCAAGAUCGACUACAAGGGUCUCUUUAGCAGGAGAUGCAUGGAUGGCGAUUAUCAGACAUGGCACCUGCACUACAAGGGAGAGCUGUGUGUGAUGGGUGAGAAGCAGAUCUAUAUGAAGCGCAGGCCCGGAAACCGCUGCAUGCUGGCCCAGGACUAUUCAAGGAUCUAUUCCUCGGAGCCCUGCCUCUGCACAGCCUAUGAUUUUGAAUGUGAUUAUGGGUGGGAACGCCAGGCAGAUGGGAAGUGCUCCCCAGCUUUUUGGUUUAAUCCAACUGGUGCGACUAAAAGCUGCAGCAUCAGCCAAAGCUUCCUUAACAGCACAGGGUAUCGGAAGGUUUUAUCCAAUAACUGUAAAGAAGGAGGGAAGAACGUGUACUCGCCCAAGAGGCAGGCGUGCCAUCCCAGCCCACCCCGAGGCCUCCGGCUGUCCAUCAGUCAAGGAGAGUUCAGUGCCACUGUUGGAAGCAACGUCACUUUCAUGGUUUACCUGGACGAUGGAGACUCGCUCAGGACCAGCAUCCAGCUAGACUUCGGGGAUGGCAUCAAGAUCACAUACUCUAACCUGAGCAGGACUGAUGAUGGCAUCAAGCACAUCUACCGAGCAACCGGGAUUUAUAGAGUGACAGCUUCUGCUGAAAACAGCCAUGGAUCUGACAGCAGCACACUGUUUUUACACAUCACCAGUCCAGUGGAGCGUGUAUAUCUCUCCGCUCCUAUUGUAGCCAUCAGGGGGAAGGAGGCUAAUCUGACUGCGGUGGUUUGGCCUAGUCACACCAGAACGUUGACCUUCUUCUGGUGGCUUGACAACAGCUCAGAGCCCAUUAUAACCUUGGAGGGAAGCAUCUCAUACACGUUUCAGACAGAGGGAAAAAACAAGGUCACGGUCCAGGUUGCUUCUGGGAACACCAUAAUGCAGGAUUCAAAAGUUAUAACUGUUAAAGAGUUCUUCAGGUCGCUGCUUUUGUCGUUCUCACCAGCUCUUGAUGAGCACAACCCUGACAUACCCGAGUGGAGAGAGGACAUAGGGCGUGUGGUGCAGACAGCUCUGUCACAGGUGUCUGGGGUAUCGGACGAUCAGCUGCUUGUGUCUUUGUACCCUGGACUUCCAACGACAGCAGAGCUCUUUAUCCUACCUGAUGAGCAUAUAUCAAAUGAGCACAAGAGAAGGAGUGAGGAGGCUCUGGAGACAAUGUCAGAUAUUUUUGUCACUGCCCUGAACCAAGGCCUGAUCCAGUUUGAGCUGAAAGCUGAUAUUCGCAUUAUUGUGUACAUGACUCAGCAAACCUUGGCGCCACUUGUGGAUUCAAACUCCAUCCACAGUGGGUCAGCCAUGCUGAUGCUGCUAACUGUGGUAUUUGUAGGUGUUGCAGCCUUCUUCAUCUACAAAUUCAAAAGGAAAAUCCCUUGGAUCCAUGUUGAGACUGAGGACAGUCAUGAGAAGGAGUCAGAAGUGAUCAGUACAGUUGGUCAGAACGACAACAUGUCCAAGGUCAAGCUCAGUGAAUUUCCCUCUCCAAAAGAACUCAUGGAAAAGGAGCUGGAGGCCAGAAGCAGAGGAAGAAUUGGAAGAAAUAUGGAGAGAAUUGUAACAAGGGAAUUUCCAAACUGUACAAAUGUCUAAGAAAUGCGCUCUGUCACUAAGUAAGUACAGAUUGUUGUGUUACAAUUGUGCUGAAAUUGUUUGCUUUGUUGGCAUUGUUUUUUAUUUAUUUCACGCUGAUAGCAGCUAUUGUUCAAAGUCAUGUUUUAAACUCACAUGGAUAGAUAAAUAUCUACUUUACAAUACUUGAUGAAGAUGAGUCCACUGAGCCAGACUUGAGGGCCUCUAGUUGGAGGGCGGUGAAUUGCUGAAAUUAGCUGAUAACUACGGCACACAGCACAAAAUGUCCAGUUAGCAUCAAGGUUCCCUAGCUCUACGUCAACAUCACUGAUGAAUAGCUGAUGUGAGUAUUGUCAAGAAAUGAAAACAGACUGAGUUUCUGAAAUUAAAUACCUCAAAAGCUAUAAAAGACAAUUUGAGAAAUAUCUUUAAAAUAAUGUAAAUGAGAAAAGUACAAUUCACUCAUGGGCAGUGGUGGAAGAAGUACCGCUACAUUCCACUACAAGUAAAAGUCCUGCGUUCAAAAUGUUACUUAAUUUACAGUACAAGCAUUAUCAGAAAAAUGGGUAGUUAAAUCUACAACAACGCAUCAUCAUGAGUUUGUAGCGUCGCUGUCCUGUGAGAACCAUGUGUCUCUCAAAAGUCACCUUUUCAUGAGCUCAGUAAAACAGCCCUGUUUUCAGCUUUGUGACAACGCAUUUUCCAGCUAAUCCAAGAAGGUUUUUAAAAUAGGUUCUUUAGUUUAAGUAGUAGGAGUUGUUUUAACCCAUAAACACACACAGAAUCAACAAAUUUGGAGAUACGUGGUUUUCACUGGACAGAAGAGGUUUGAAACAACUAAAGCUGUCAGACAAAUGCAGUGGAGUAAAAAAGUAUAAUAUUUGCCCCUGAAUAGUGUAGAAGUAUAAAGCUGUAUAAAAUGGAAAUACUCAAAUAAAAUACAAGUACCUGGAAUGUAUACUUAAGCACAGUACUUAGUAGUGUUAAUGUACUUAAUUACAUCCCACCACUGCUCAUGGGUCAGUACAGGAGACAGUGGAGUGUACAGGUUUUACUGUAUUUGUGUAUAAGUUUGAUAAAGUUCAGCAUUGAAUGACAGAGAUUGAUCGUGACUUACAAAAACAGGAUAUUUAGGCCCUCGAGAAAUAUAAUAAUAAUACAGAGCUUAAAAUGACAAACUAAUGUAUAAAAAGUUUUUCAAAUCUUACCGUACAUGUUGAUAAUGUUUCCCUCUUAGCAUAAUGUUUGCUCAUGAAUUGAACCCGCAGGCUAUAAAAUUUCUCAAGUGUAACCUUUUAAUUUCCUAUUUUAUUUUCAUUUUUCUUAUAAUUUUGUGUCUUUUUGUUACAUCCCGAAUGGAUAAUACAACCCAACAACAAAAAGUUGUCUGUUUAAGGCAGAACACACCUUGCUCUGCCUCUGUAAGACAGAAAUAUCGUUAAUAGAUCAUUUUAGAUUUAAUUACAAUUUUGGUAUGUUAAAUAGGGUUAACUUUACGCUCUGGAGAUAUAUCAACAUUUACCACCCUAUAACUAGAGGUCUUUUAGUUGUAAAUAUACAGUAAUGAAUAUAAAAUGUAAUAAUCUGACUGUUGUGAAUGCCUUUAAGAAAGAAAUAUGUAGUUGCUCUGUAAGAUAACAUGGUGCUUUCAUUGACUGUUUCUCAGAUGAUGGUACACAACAAAAAUGUGACAAAUUGACAUGAAAGUCUAGCCUUAGGUGUGGAAAUACUAAAAAUGUGUAUAUAGAAUAAGACGAAAUGUAAAUCUAUACAGUAGCUCCAUCCUAAACCACAGAACAGACAGUAAUGUUUCCAUGACCUUCAGUCUCACAACAAGCUGUUUGUCGUCUUUAUUCUAUUUUUUACAGUAGCAUGCCCUAAUAAUCUGUGUUAAAAGACUGAAGACUAUAUUAGGGUGAGCGAGUACUGUGUGUGUGUGUGUGUGUGUAUGUAUGUGUGUGUGUGUGUGUGUGUGUGUGUGUGUGUGUGUGUGUGUGUGUAUGUAUGUAUGUAUAUAUAUAUAUAUAUAUAUAUAUAUAUAUAAUAUAACAUAACAUGGUUGGUUUUAAAGUUUACUUGACACAUCAAAUUAUUAAACACCUUGUCUAAUAGGCUAGUUGUGCAUGAUCUAUGAUAUUGUUCAUUUGUCGAUGAUAUAAGAACCGUCUUGUUUUGAAUCAUAUUUCUUACUGUGAACAAAUUGCCAUUUUAAAAUUGUUCAAAAUAAAUGUAUUUUUGUA